GUCAUUGUUUUUUGUCAUGUCCUAUACAGGAAUAUGUUCGACAAACCCAACAAGGAUGCCUUUCACAUUGUUAUCCAGUUCCUGUUGGAAAAACUCAAUCCAACACGAUUUCAACAGACAUACAAAUUUUGCUGGCCUCCUUUCACAACUAAACAAGAUACUGAGUUUCGCAAAGCGACCCGCGUUUGGCUGCAAGAAAUAAUGGCCGAAACUGGAUACACCGGCUCCAAAGUUCUCGCAUCGUUGUUACUCUCGCCCGGCGGCCCCAAAUUCACCAGUUUGAUGGUCCAUUUAGUCAUGCAUGUCAUGCAGCAGGAAAUGAAAACAUUCAUUACGGAUGACAGCUGGGUUGCGGAUGCCGUCUUCAAGCCGACGUCCUCGCGCCGCAUGGCGUUGAAGAGACUCCAGGUGGUCAAAAAAAGAUUUUGGGAACAGGCAGCACACCAGGAUCUCUUUCUGCUGGAGGUGCAGAAAAAAUCCCAGUGAGUCCUUGAAU